UUGUAUUUAUAAACAUAACCUUAAAAAUAAAGAAUUUUCUCAAUAAAAAUGUUUCUAAUACGAGGGUCUAUAAGAUUCCUGCACCCUUUAGCUACUUUUCCUAUUAAAAGUCACGCGAGGAACGUUUUAGGUUUAAGAAAAACUCCUUUUAUUUGCCGUUACUCCACUAACUUAAAACACCAUGUCAAUAUUGAAAUAAACAACAGAAACUUAAGUGAUUAUAUUUUAAAGCUGCAAAAAGAAUAUAGUGAAUUAACCAAGGAAUCGAAUCACUUAUCAAACUCACGAUUUCACGAAUUACAAACCGUGAUCGACCUAUUGUCACAGAGGGAAAAUUUACUCUCGAGUAUUGACGGUUUGAAAGAGCUCAUUGACUCAGAGGACAAAGACUUAAGUAAACUUGCGAAAGAAGAACAAUCUGAACAUGAAGCGACCUUAAAACAACUCGAUGAAGCCUUAUUGGAAGCCCUUUUACCAGUGGACAGUGAAAACUCACAUGAAUCCAUAGUCUUAGAGAUCCAAGCAGGAGUAGGUGGUCAGGAAGCCAUGCUCUUUGCCCAAGAACUCUUUAAUAUGUACUGUGCUUUCAUAGACUUAAAAGGCUGGGAUUAUGAAGUGGCUGACUAUGUGACCACCGAUCAAAAAGGACUAAGGCAUGCAUCAAUACUUAUAAAUGGCUCAGAAUCAUACAAAUACUUUAAGCAUGAGGGUGGAGUGCAUAGAGUCCAAAGGGUUCCUGCCACAGAGAAAAGUGGGCGAAUACACACAAGUACAGUGUCAGUAAUAGCAUUGCCACAACCGAGUGAAAUUGAUGUGCAUAUUGACCCCAAGGAUUUAAAAAUUGAAACUAAAAGAGCAACAGGCGCAGGGGGACAACAUGUCAACACUACCGAUUCAGCUGUCAGAAUAGUUCAUCUGCCAACAAACACAGCAGUUGAAUGUCAAGUGGAUAGGUCACAAAUAAAAAACAGAAAAAUGGCAAUGGCCAGAUUGCGGGCCCUCUUAUAUGAAAAAGAAAUGGACAGCCAAAUGGCACAUAUAACUGCAACGAGGAAAAGCCAAGUUAGAACAAGAAACAGGAAUGAGAAAAUCAGGACUUAUAAUUACAACCAGGACCGAAUAACAGACCACAGGUUGCAAGGAGUACACUACCAUAAUUUGAAAGCAUUUAUGGAGAGUGGAGAUGUGCUGGGGGAACUUAUUGAUAAAUUGGAAAGGCAAAGUAGAAUUAACCGGUUAUUGGAGAUUGUUGAGAAAUAGAUGUUCUUGUAGGUUGAAUUUUGUUGAUUUUUAAAUAAAAGAAUUAAAUGUC